AUCUUUCCUCCUCCUUUCCUUCUCUCUUCCUAAGAAAUUAAUGCAGUACUCCACAACCACAAGAAAACUAUCAACUAUUCUUAUUAUUUAGUAGCAACAACACAACUACUUCUCCCAAAAAUAUUACUUACAAGAGAAAUUUAAGAACAAAGAAAAAAUGGGAAAUUGUUGGCCAAAACCUGUUGAUGUUCAUCCUCCCACUGUCAAAUACUCUAAUAGUAUUCCUUCAGUGAUCGUGAAGAAACCAAUUAAUACUUCUCCGGGAAGGAACACAAGGAAUGUGGUGGCGCAGCCUAGCGGAGAUGGCGGUGAUUCGAGGAAAGUGGAAGUUCCGGCUAGUGGAAAAAUAAUCACGCCAAAUUUAAAAAUGUUUACGCUAGCGGAAUUAAAGAGUGCAACGCGGAAUUUUCGCCCCGAUACGGUGCUAGGAGAGGGAGGAUUUGGUACAGUAUUUAAAGGAUGGGUCGAUGAUAAAACAUUUGCACCUUCUAAAGUUGGAGUUGGUAUGCCUGUUGCUGUUAAAAAAUCAAAUCCUGAUAGUGAACAAGGCCUUAAAGAAUGGCAGGCUGAAGUAAAGUUUUUGGGAAAAUUUAGUCACCCAAAUUUAGUAAAAUUAAUUGGAUAUUGUUGGGAAGAAAAAACAUUCCUUCUAGUAUAUGAACACAUGCAGAAAGGAAGCUUAGAAAGUCAUCUUUUCAGAAAAGAAGGCGCGGAAGCAUUGUCAUGGGAUACAAGGCUGAAAAUAGCAAUCGGAGCAGCAAGAGGACUUGAGUUCUUACACACCACAGAAAAACAAGUUAUUUACCGCGAUUUUAAAGCUGCCAAUAUUUUACUGGACACGGACUAUAAUGCAAAGCUUUCAGAUUUUGGACUAGCAAAAAUGGGUCCAGUAAAUGGGGACUCACAUGUGACCACUAAAAUUGUUGGUACUUAUGGCUAUGCUGCACCUGAGUACAUGGCCACUGGUCAUUUAUACGUAAAGAGUGACGUAUAUGGGUUCGGAGUGUUGUUACUUGAAAUCCUUUCGGGCCGGAGAGUACUGGAUCUUAACAGGCCCAAUGGAGAACAUAAUUUAGUAGAUUGGGCCAAGCCCAUGUUACCUGACAAAAAGAAGCUAAGGAAAUUAAUGGACCCAAGACUGGAGGCCCAAUACCCAUCAAAGGCUGCAUUUCAAAUAGCUGAAAUUAUAGUAAAAUGCCUUGAACCUGAUCCAAAAAAUAGACCUUCCAUGGAAGAAAUUUUGGAAUGUCUGGAACAAUGUAACGGGAUCCAAAUGAAACCGCGAUCAAAAAAUACCACGAGAAAUCACAAUCAUCGAGGGCAUCGAUCACCUCUCCACGUUAAGAAAACAAGUAGUGGUAAUGUGAUUGGAAACCAAGGCUAUAAUGCUCCAACGAACCGUAGCUAUUGAAACUCGAAAGGGAGAUCAAUCAAAUGUUCUUUCUUUUAGUUAUACGACCAAUUCUACGAAAGAUCUUUAUGAUUUGUGGGCUUGUGUACAUCAAGGCCCAGUCCAACAAAGGCCCAAUAAGUAAGGCCCAUUAAGGGGCCCACUAAGCUCUGUUGGUAGUUUGAAAUGGUCUUAUGUAAUCAUGAGAAAAGCUGGCAUUUGUCUGUAUUCAGACUGGAGAUAGUCAACAUCAACAGAAAAAAGGAAUUCCACCUAUCACUAUAAUAAUUUUUAACUUUUUUUCAAAAAAUAAAAACUUUUUUUUUUCUAAAUAGAUAUGAUUGUAUCACCUUUUGUCUGUAUAUUUUUAAUUUUUUGGAUCCAUUUCUAGAGUGAUCAUGUAUCCUAUUCUUAAGGUCAAUAUUGAUUUACCUUU